AUGCAAGGCAUUUCCUGCGAAGAAGCGAUUAAACAGGCUCUCAUAGAAUGCCGAAAGCGGCCGUCAGUGGAUGCAAUUCUCUUCCCUUGCGAUUUGCCGUUCCCGAUACUUGUCCCUGUGCCGAUCAAAGACCAUGUCUUCCAUGCGACAGGCCUGGCCGACUUGGAGAUUCAGUUGUUCAUCGGAGUAGACAAACCAGGCAAGGCCAACGUUCUGAAGUUGGAUUUGGACGAUUCUUGCAUGGGAAUCGCGUGUCACUUUACCAAUCCGUUUCGGCCGGUGAACGCUCUUCUUCAGAAGCUUGUGAAAGGUACACAUGUUCGCGGCCACAUGCUGGUCGUUGUCGUUGAGAAGGAGACUGGACAUGUGGCCCAUGCUGAGACAGAACUCAAGAGCAGAAUCAACUGCGCGCUGGCAAGGUGA